GUACUACAAUAAUAAUCCCUAUAAUAUAUUGGUACGUCAGAAUAGCACAUAUACUUUCAAAGAUAACAUUUAACUCACAAUAAUUAAGAAUUUCAUCAAGAUCAAAACCCAAUAGUUUAUCAAAUUUCAAUUUCAAUAUUUGAAGCAGUUGCGGACUGGCCAUUGAUAAAAUUAGCUCAGCGGAGUAAUGGACUGAGGAAGUUUGUAGCGGAUGAAUCUUGAAUCCUGAGGAAACGGAGGUAAAGUAAUCGAUAACUCAAGCGGAGAAGAUGAUGCUGGAUCUAGGACCGUUCUCCGACGAGAAAUUCGACCCCAAGAAAUGGAUCAACGCCGCUUGCCAGUCCCGGCACCCGCAGGAAUCCCUCGACGACCACCUCGUCGAUAUGGAAAUGAAGCUGCAGAUGAUGUCCGAGGAGAUCGCGGCGUCGCUGGAGGAGCAAAGCGCCGCCGCGCUCCUCCGCGUCCCUCGCGCGACUCGUGACGUUGUUCGCCUCCGCGAUGAUGCCGUUUCGCUGCGCAGCUCGAUCUCCGCAAUACUUCAGAAGCUCAAAAAGGCGGAGGGAUCUUCGGCUGAAUCUAUAGCGGCUCUUGCUAAAGUUGAUACCGUAAAGCAGAGAAUGGAAGCUGCAUACGAGACUCUACAGGAUGCAGCGGGGUUAACCCAAUUAAGUUCUACAGUGGAGGAUGUGUUUGCCAGUGGUGAUCUUCCUCGUGCUGCGGAAACAUUGGCCAAUAUGAGACACUGCUUAUCUGCUGUUGGCGAGGUUGCUGAAUUUGCUAAUGUGAGAAAGCAACUUGAGGUCUUAGAGGAUAGGCUUGAUUCCAUGGUGCAGCCUCGUCUAACCGACGCAUUAUCAAACCGCAAGGUUGACGUUGCACAGGACUUGCGUGGAAUUCUGAUGAGAAUUGGCAGGUUUAAGUCUCUGGAGAUGCAUUAUACUAAAGUUCAUUUGAAGUCCAUCAAGCAGUUGUGGGAAGAUUUUGAUACAAGGCAGCAAACUGCCAAGCAAGCAAAUGGGAGGAAUGAGUUCGAAAGGACAUCAGGCAACAAUGAUCUGCCAACAGUUCCGUUCUCAAGUUGGUUGCCGAGCUUCUAUGAUGAACUGCUGAUGUAUCUUGAACAGGAAUGGAAGUGGUGCAUGGUUGCGUUCCCUGAUGAUUAUAAGAUGCUGGUACCAAAGCUACUAGUUGAGACAAUGGCAGCUGUAGGAGCAAGUUUUGUCUCUCGUCUUAACCUUGCCACUGGAGAAGUCCUUCCUGAAACUAAAGCACUUUCAAAAGGCAUACUGGAUAUUUUGUCGGGAGAUAUGCCAAAAGGCAUCAAGAUUCAGACUAAGCACCUGGAAGCACUAAUCGAAUUGCACAAUACAACUGGUACCUUUGCAAGGAAUAUCCAGCACUUAUUUUCAGAAUCUGAUCUUCGAGUUCUCAUGGAUACACUGAAGGCUGUUUACCUGCCAUAUGAAUCGUACAAACAGAGGUAUGGACAGAUGGAGCGUGCCAUCCUGUCGUCUGAGAUUGCUGGGGUUGAUCUAAGAGGAGCGGUUACUCGUGGUGUGGGAGCCCAAGGAAUUGAACUGAGUGAAACAGUACGAAGGAUGGAAGAGUCUAUUCCACAAGUAAUUGUUCUUUUAGAAGCUUCUGUUGAGAGAUGCCUCAGCUUUACUGGUGGGUCUGAGGUGGACGAGCUGCUUCUUGCACUUGAUGAUAUAAUGCUCCAGUACAUCUCUUCUCUUCAAGAAACCCUCAGAUCAUUAAGGGCUGUCUGUGGAGUGGAUAAUAAUAAUAUUGAUCCCAAGGAAGGGAAUCAAAGUACACGGAAAGCUGACUUGUCCUCAAACGAAGAGGAAUGGUCAAUUGUCCAGGGUGCCCUUCAAAUACUUACAGUUGCAGACUGUUUGACUAGCAGAUCAUCUGUGUUUGAAGCAUCCUUGAGAGCUGCUCUAGCUAGAAUAAGCACGAGUCUGUCAUUUUCUGUGUUUGGAUCAAGUUUGGACCACAACUAUUCGCAUGGGGGAAAUAAUGAUGGAGAUGGAGAACCUUCUUUGGGUGGAAGAGCUGCUUUGGACGUGGCAGCUGUACGUCUCGUCGAUGUUCCUGAGAAGGCCCGGAAAUUAUUUAACCUAUUGGAUCAGUCUAAAGACCCGAGAUUUCACGCUCUUCCCCACGCAUCACAGAGAGUUGCAGGAUUCGCUGAUACGGUCAAUGAACUUGUGUACGAUGUCCUCAUAUCUAAGGUAAGGCAACGCCUGAGCGACGUAUCGCGUUUGCCUAUCUGGUCAGCAGUUGAAGAGCAGAGCGCUUUCCAUCUCCCAACCUUCAGUGCCUACCCACAAGCCUACGUCACCAGCAUUGGGGAGUACCUACUCACUUUACCCCAGCAGAUGGAGCCACUUGCCGAGGGCAUUUCAAAUAGUGAUUCCAACAAUGACGAAGCCCAGUUCUUUGCAGCCGAAUGGAUGUUCAAGGUUGCAGAGGGGGCGACUGCUCUUUACAUAGAGCAGUUGAGAGGAAUUCAAUAUAUAACUGACAAGGGAGCUCAGCAACUAGCAGUCGAUAUCGAGUACUUGAGCAAUGUGCUUUCGGCUUUGUCAAUGGAGGUCCCUCCUGCUCUUGCAACGUUUCAGACAUGUCUCUCAGCGCCUAGAGACCAACUGAGGAACCUUGUAAAAUCUGAGACCCAACUCGACUUCCCCACGGCAAAUCUUGUUUGUAAGAUUCGACGAGUGAGCUUAGAUUAGAACAAAGAAAUUGUAUUAUUACAACUUAAGGACUAAAGAAAAUUCUUGCAUCAUAUUGCAAUUCGGCUUCUGAUUCUUGUUGCGACCUUAUGUGUUAUCUGACGCUUUACUCUUUUUUCCUUAUGAUCAAGUUUCGCUUUUCAUACCACAUUGUAAGCACUGUAUUGAACAUUGCAAAUUGCUGCAGUCUUUGACAACAAAUUUCGUCACACAAGGGAAAUAGAUAACGAAGGUGAAUCCUUCCAUUCAUGGCUGGUUUUCACCAAACUAGACUCUCACAAUGUAUUGAUGGCCAAGGGAGUACAAAUAAUCAAGUUCAUUAGGGUUCUAUUCCAUCACACUUGUGCUACAGAACAGAAGGUCAGAUCGAAAGCCAAAGUCGUCUUCGUAUCAACAUCUUUCAUCCAGCUCUUCACCCAAGCGCUUACCUUUCCUGCAAACUAAAAUACAAGUACAGCCAUUCUGCAGACAUAUCAUAGGUGCAUUUAGGUUUACCUCAAGCACAUCCACACCAGUGCUAGUCCGUAAGCUUGUUUAACGUUUUUAGAAAGUUCUGGUAGCACUGAAGUAGAUUUCCAAGCAUGUCAAGACCAAUACCAUGGAUUAACAGUUGUUCCAAGGCAGAGCUACAAAAGGUUGAAAUGAAACUUUACCCAGCUAAGAGAAAGUAGUUACCCCAUAACCAGCUAAUAUGCCUGGACAUUAAGCCGUUGAGACCAUUGUGGUGUUGAAACAAGAAAAUGGCAAAGAAGCCAUUACACCUAUUACCAUCCAGCAAACCUAUGUUCAACCAGGCUUAACAAUCACUAAUAUGUGAUCACGAACUUGCUAUUAGAUGACUUCAAACUUGCAUUAACAAGGGGUAUUUGAGAUUCCUGGAAACGAACUAGCAGUUCGAAAUAAUGUUACCUCCACUCUAGCUGAGUUGACAUACAAAAUCCACGAUAUGAGGACCAAGAAAAUUCACUGUCAUGG